AUGGAUCUGUCUUCUUCAAGUGAGAAGCUGUGUUAUGUUCACUGUUCACACUGCAACAUUGUUCUUGCGGUUGAAGUUCCAUGCAGUAGAAUGAUGGAGACUGUUACAGUGAAGUGUGGGCACUGCAACAAUAUCUCCUACAUUAGCCCUGAACCUAAACCUAAUUCUCAAUACUUUGACUAUCAAAUGGAUUUCACUAUGGGACAGCAAUCGGAUGCUUCUUCAUCAACUUCUAUUGAACAAAAACCUGAAGCUCCUCCGGUUGCAAAACCUCCAAAGAAGAAGCAGAAGCAACCAACUGCUUACAAUGUCUUCGUGAGGCAGGAGAUACAGCGAAUAAAAGCUGAAAUGCCAGAGAUUACACAUACAGAGGCCUUCAGCAUGGCAUCAAAGAAUUGGGCAAGGUAUGGUGGUCCUUUAAAUUAUGGUUUAAACCCUUUGAAUACAAUUUCUGACGAUAAUGAAUCAGUGGAAUCAGUCUCAAUCAAACAUGAAAGUGGAAAUGGCUCUGCUGAGGAAAGCUAUGGUGGUUUCAGACAAAUGAAGCGCCACGACUAA